GUUUUUGAGUAACAUGUAAACAAAAGUUAACAUAAAAACAUGUUGCGAACCUGUAAAAGCUUCUCUCGCGUUAACCAGUCAUAUCACCGUUUUCUUACCAGCUCUGCUAAAACUUAUAGUAGUGAAGUUGUGUUUAGCAAUGGAAGAAAGAUUGAAAUUAGUGUGGGACAAUUGGCAAAGUUCGCAGAUGCUUGCGCAGUUGUAAAAAAUGGUGAAACCGCUAUCAUGUGUACUGCAAUCUCAAAACAAAAACCUUCGACAACAGCUUCAUUCCUGCCAUUAACCGUCGAUUAUAGGUUAAAAUCAUCAGCAGCAGGAAGAAUACCAACAAAUAUGAUGAGAAGAGAGUUCGGUACAACAGAAAGAGAAACUCUUUCAGCAAGAUUAGUCGAUCGAUCCAUCCGACCAUUGUUUCCAAAAGAGUUCAGAUGUGAUACUCAACUGGUAUGCAAUGUUCUAUCGAUUGAUUCAAUGAAUAAACCAGAUGUUGAUGCUAUUAAUGCAGCUUCAGCAGCUCUUCACUUGAGUGAUAUUCCUUGGAAUGGUCCUAUUGGCGCAGUGCGAGUUGGAAUGGAUGGCCAAGAAGGAAAUGUUAUAACAAAUCCUACAAAACGAGAGCUUAAGGAUUCUCCUCUUGACUUGAUUGUAGCAGCGACUAAGCAAAAUCUUGUUGUCAUGCUUGAAGGAAAAGGAAAUGUUGUCUACAUUCAAGAUCUUUUAAAAGCAAUUAAACAUGGAACUCGUGAAGCUCAGCUUAUAAUAACACAGAUAGAAAAAAUGAGAAAAGAGCUAGCGUUGUCACUUAAGCAAAAGCGUAAUUCACAGUUCGAGUCUGUGAAAAAAUUAGAAAUUACAGAAGAAGUUAAGGAUGCAAUCAGCACAAUGAGUUCAAUAAAAAUAAGAAAUAUCUUUAAAGAUUCUAGUCACGAUAAAAUCAGUCGCGAUAAUGCAUUGAACUCACUUCGACAAGAAAUCGCAGAAAAUAUUUGGGCAAGCUUCCCUGAUCACGAUUUAACACAAAUCAAUGAAACAAUUAAUGAAUUCAUAGCAAAAGAGUUCCGAUCCGUAAUAUUAGACGAAAAUCGGCGAUGUGAUGGUCGUGAUUUUGAUGAAUUAAGAAACAUUUCCUGCCAGGUUGAUCUUUUCCGACCUCUUCACGGAUCUUCAUUGUUCACACGUGGCCAAACGCAAGUUCUUUGUACUGUAACACUUGAUUCCAAGGACAGUGCACUUAAGUUGGACACAUUGACGGCACUUGAUAGCGGUAUUAAAGAAAAAAACUUUUUCCUGCAUUAUGAAUUUCCACCAUACGCAAUCGGUGAAAUUGGCAGAGUUGGUAUUGUAAAUCGUAGAGAGCUGGGACAUGGAGCUCUUGCUGAGAAAGGUUUACUACCAAUAAUUCCUUCAAAUUAUCCAUUUACCAUUCGUCUCAAUUCGGAAGUCCUCGAGUCCAAUGGAUCAUCUUCAAUGGCGACAGUAUGCGGUGGUUCCAUGGCUUUGUUGGAUGCUGGUGUUCCCAUUUCGUCAAUAGCAGCUGGUGUUGCAAUAGGAUUAGUCACAAAGUCAAAAAACGAUGACACCAAACAUAUUGAAGACUAUCGAAUAUUGACUGAUCAACUUGGAAUCGAAGAUUAUAUGGGCGAUAUGGAUAUGAAAGUGGCAGGCACCAAAAAAGGUUUCACUUCAAUACAAACUGAUGUAAAAGUACCGGGACUGCCAUUAAAAAUUAUUAAUGAAUGUUUGUUAAAAUCAGUUGAAGCAAAAUCUAAAAUAAUUGAUAUAAUGAGUCAAUGUAUUGAUGCUCCUCGUGAUGUUAAAAAGGACUCAUGGCCAGUAUGUGAACAACUUACAAUUGAAUCCCAUCAAAGAUCAAGAAUUAUGGGUCCUGGUGGAAUCAAUUUUAAAAAAAUUUUCCUGGAAACUGGCGUUCAAAUAACAAAUAUUGAAGACACAUCUUAUGAAUUAUUCGCCCCGUCAAAAUCAGCUCUAGAUGAAGCAAAAGAGUGGAUUGAACAACUGAGAAUGACGGAAAGAAUACCAGAACUAGAAUUUGGGGCGAUUUACACUGCAAAAAUUGUUGAACUUAGAGAGAUAGGUGUAAUGGUAACAUUAUAUCCUUCAAUGCCUCCAGCACUAUUACACAAUUCACAGUUAGACCAAAGAAAAGUAGCUCAUCCAUCUGCACUUGGUCUCUCUGUUGGCCAAGAAAUUCCCGUCAAAUAUUUUGGUCGUGAUCCCGUUAGCGGCUUAAUGAGAUUAUCUCGGAAAGUUCUUCAAUCACCAGCGUCAGCAAUAGUGAAGAAUUUAGAUAGAAAACCUGAUUCGAUUGCAUCUUGAGAAAAACAAUUAAAAUUUUUAUCUAUCUAAAUAAAAAACCAAAUAGAGAUACAAACAAACAAACUUAUGAGUUUCGAAACAUAUUUUGAGAGUUUAAACGUCAUUUGUUGAGAAAUGUCCAUUUAAGAUAUAAGAAAUUGUCGUCCAUAUGUAGAAAUACUUUUAAGCAAUAUAUUGAAAAUAGGAG